AUGGGUUCAGCAAGAAGCUUAGAUCUCUUACUGAUUCUCCUCUUCUUCAUUUCAAGUUCAUGGAGAAUUAGUACAAGUUCAUCAACUCCAUUAGUAGGAUCCAAUGCUGAAAACACUUUUCUUGAGUGUAUGUCUUCAAAACCUCAUCCAUUUUCAUCACAAAUUCACACUCCAUAUAUACCUUCCUAUUCAUCUCUUUUGUACUCAUAUUCUACUCAGCACCUUAGAUUGCUCAAUUCAACCAAAGCAGCACAUAAACCAACUGCCAUAGUUACACCUAAGAAUGAACAAGAAAUUAAAAAAGCUCUACUUUGUAGUAAACGAAAUGGCUUACAAAUCAGAGUUAGAAGUGGGGGUCACGAUUACGAAGGUCUGUCUUUGAAGUCGAGUUUCGCUUUCAUUGUUAUUGAUCUUGUGAAUUUUCGCUCAAUUUCUGUCGAUGUUAGAACUCAAACUGCAUGGGUUCAGAGCGGUGCAACUGUAGGAGAACUUGCAUAUAGGAUUGCUGAGAAAAGUAAAACUCUUGGGUUCCCUUCUGGGAUAUGUCCUACAAUGGGUGUUGGUGGACAUUUUAGUGGAGGUGGGAUUGGAGCUUUGGUAAGGAAAUAUGGUACUGCUGCUGACAAUAUUAUCGAUGCUUUCAUACUUGACGUGACUGGAAGAAUACUCAACAGGAAAUCAAUGGGUGAAAAUCUUUUUUGGGCAAUUAGAGGUGGAAGUGGAGCGAGUUUUGGAAUCAUUCUUGCAUGGAAAAUCAAAUUAGUACCUAUUCCAGAAAUAGUCACUGUUUUUUCACCUACUAGAACAUUGGAACAAGGUGCAGCAAAACUUUUUGUGAAAUGGCAACAAAUUGCAGACAAACUUCCUGUAGAUCUAUUCAUUAGAGCCGUCAUUCAACCCGGAAGCUGGAACGGACACAAAACAGUUCAAGUUGUAUUCAACUCAUUGUACCUUGGUGGUACCGGAGAUCUGCUCAGGAUAAUGCAAAAAAGCUUCCCUGAGCUCGGUUUAACGGCAAACGACUGCACCGAAACGAAUUGGAUUGGAUCAGUCUUAAAGCUCUCUUUUACUCCAAAUGUAGAGACAUUGCUAAACAGAACUCACCCUGAUACAUUGCCUUUCAAAGCCAAAUCUGAUUAUGUACAAAAACCCAUCCCAGAAAACGGCUUGUCAGGCAUUUGGAAAGGGGUUCUUGAAUUAGAAGCAAGUACAUUCUUAAUACUUGAGCCAUUCGGAGGAAAAAUGAACGCUAUAUCCGAAUCCGCAAUACCAUUCCCACAUAGAAAAGGUAAUUUGUACGAGAUUCAGUACCUUGUGAAAUGGAACCAAGGACAAGCACCCGAGAAACAUAUAGAUUGGAUCAGAAAUUUAUACAGUUACAUGACUCCAUAUGUAUCGAGUAAUCCGCGAGCUUCGUAUGUUAACUAUAGAGAUCUUGAUUUGGGUAAGAAUGACAUUCCAAACAUGAGUUAUCUCAAAGCUGCUAGUUCAUGGGGAACCAAGUACUUCAAAGGAAAUUUCAAAAGAUUAGCAAUGGUUAAGAAGCAAGUUGAUCCGCAAAAUUUCUUUAAAGAUGAACAAAGUAUUCCACCAUAUUCUGCACCAAGCUGUUGUUACUGA